ACCCCCAAACCUCGCUGUGCUGUGACCCCCUCAGUCUCUCUGUAUUGGGACCCCCAACCCCAUGGUCGCCCCAGUCUCCAUGCCCCAUGACCCCCAACCCCCGUGUUCUGCCCCCCAGCCCUUGCGCGGUGGCCCCGCCAGCCCAGCUGCGUUGUGCCCCCCAGCCCCCCGUGUUCUGCCCCCCAGCCCCACGACCCCCAGCCCCUCUGCGCUGUUAUUGUCCCAAACCCCACAUCUCCGUGCGCCGCCGUUUGGGGUUUUUGUGCGCGCCGAGUGACACCCCCGGUGCGGGGACAGCAGCGCGACCCCCGCCCGGCCCCGGCGCCCCCGCAGCCCCGCAGGCAGCUCCGCGCAGCGGGUGCGUCGCCGCCUGCGCCGCCGGGUGAUUCAUCCGCUGCGGCCCCCCCCGCGCCGGCAGCCGCCAAAAAUAGCGAUGCGGGGGGGGGAAGAACCCUCCAAAUAACCUCCCCUGCCUCCCCCCGCCCGCUCCGCCGGCAGCCGGGCCGGGAUGGCGGCCACGGGGCGACGGCCCCGGCACCUCCGGCACCGGGACAGCGGGGACCGGGACCCGGCGCUGGGGGAUGCGCUGCUCCGGUUGCCAUGUGAGCAGGUGACACCUGGGGACCGUCACACCCCCCCGCUGCCGUGAGCGCCGCCAUGCCCAGCCCCGUCCGCCGCCCCCCCGGGGCCACCGGGCCGCCCGGCGCCGCCGCCACGUUACCGGCCGACGGCUCGGCCCUGCUGCGCGCGGUGGCCCAGGGCAAAUUCCGGCUGACGCGGCUGCUGCUGGAGGGGGGCGCCUACAUCAACGAGGGCAACGCCGCCGGGCACACGCCCCUGAUGGCGGCGUGCGGUGCCGACUACGCCGACCCGCCGGAGCAGCCGCGCAUGGUGCGGUACCUGCUGGAGAACGGCGCCGACCCCAACAUCCCCGACAAGACGGGCAAGACGGCGCUGAUGCACGCGUGCGCCCAGGGCGCCGGGCCCGGCGUGGCCGCGGUGCUGCUGGCCCACGGCGCCGACCCCAGCGCCCGCGAUUACGCCGGGGCCUCGGCCUUGGUUUACGCGGUGGAGCGCGGGGAGCGGGAGACGCUGCGGGUGCUGCUGGACGCCUGCAAAGCGCGGGGGAAGGAGGUGAUCAUCAUCACCACCGACACGUCCCCCUCGGGGACCAAAACCACCCGCCAGUACCUCAACUCGCCGCCGUCGCCGGGGCCGGAGGGGAAGCGCUCGCCGGGGGGCUGCAUGUCGCCCUCGGACAUCGAGGUGCGGGCGGCGGCGUCGCCGGCGGGCAGCGAGAAGGAAGAGGAAAGGGACAUCUUCUGCUUCCCCGCCCCGCCGCCCGGCGCCGCCGGCCCCGACCUCCCCCGGGGCGCGCGGGGGCGGCCGCUGAAGCGCCUCAAUUCCGAGCCCUGGGGGCUGGUGGCCUCGGCGGCGCCGGAGGGGACGCGGGGAGCCGCGGCCGAGCGGCUGGUGCCGGGGCUGGAGGGGCUGAGCCUGGGCGGGCGGCCGCGGCGGCACAGCGUGGAGGGCCGGGAGGCGGCGGGGCUGCCCGGGGCCGCCUGGGCCGAGCGCGUCCCCCCGCCGUGUCCCCAACCGCCGCCGCGCCGCAACACGGCCCCCGACACGCCGCGGGGGGGCAAACCGCGCCGGGACCCCCCCGAAAACGAGGGGCACCCCCAGAGCGGCGAAUCGUCCCCCCCCGGCACCCGCCGGCGCCCCCCGGGUUUGCUGGAGCGCCGCGGCUCCGGGACCCUCCUGCUGGAGCCCUGGGCCCCCGGGAGGUUCCUGCCCCCCCUGCCGCCCCCCCGCGCGCCCCCCCCGGGCCCCCCCUCGCCCAAGGGCCGCCGCAAGCUGCUGCGGCGCCACUCGAUGCAGCCGGAGGAGCUGCGGCUGCUCGUGAACUUCCAGAGCGCGCUGGCGCCCGAGCCGGGGACUUAGGGACCCCGCGUCCCCCCCAGCAAAAAGUGGCACCCGGACGCCUGGGUCCCACUCACGGCGUCUUUAGGGACCCCCCCAGGCCGCUCUGACACCCCCUGGCUGUGCCGGUGCCACCACGGGGCCUCCUCAUGCAGGUGGUGGCGCGUUCACUCUGAAGCCUACUGAUGACCGCAGCUCCCGCCCAUUCUUCCAUCGCUGCCCUGGGCAGAAACUUUGCACGACCCCAAAUCCCUUCGGGAGCCGGAGUUCCCCCCGCGCCCCCCUCCUCGGGGGUCUCCCCCCAGUUUGGGGUGCGGGGUCCUGGUGGGGGGCGCAUUGGGGGGCGCAGACGCUGUCGGUGUCCCGGUGAAUAAAGGCUCCGUAAAUAAA